AUGUCGGCUCAGGACUACUACAGCGGUGGAGGUGGAGGACAGCAAGGAGGCUACGGUCAACAAGGCUACAACCAAGACGGAUAUGGUCAGCAAGGUCGACAAGACCAUGCCCAGCAGCAGGGCUACGGCCAACAACAGGGCUAUCCCCAACAACAACAGUACUCACAGGGCUCCGGAUAUGGCGGCCCUCAACAGUCUGAGUAUGACAACCGCGGACAAUCCUACAACCAACAACAGGGUGGUCCCUAUGGAGGCUCUUCCGCAUACCCCGGCGGUGACCAGGGUCAGCCCGGACCCGACGGAGAACGAGGACUCGGUGCAACCCUUGUUGGAGGAGGUGCAGCUGGCUGGGCUGCCCACAAGGCUGGCGGUGGCCUCCUAAGCAGUCUCGCUGGUGCCGCCGCUGGCGCAAUUGGCGCAAACCUUAUCGAGCACAAGUUCAAGAAGCACAAGAAGGACAAGAAGAACCACAAGGAUGGUCGCCCUCGAAACUACUCUGGCGACUCAACAAGCAGCAGCGACUCCGACUCGGAUGACGAUCGACGUCGUCGUCGCCGCGAUGACGACCUUGCUUACGGUGACCGCGGCUACGAUAAUGAUCGCCGCCGUCGUGAGGAAGAGAAUUUGCGCUAUGGAGAUUCUCGGCGGGAUGACUACGAUCGACGUGACGACGGUGGCUACGGGGGCCAUCAUCACGGCCAAUCAAACUAUGGUGGCUCUCGGUGGUGA